UUUCCCAUCGAAUGCUAUCAACACUCUUCAACAUUGAAAAAUGUGGUGUCAGACGGGCAAUAACAACAGCCAGGAGAGAACUUUCUGAGACUUUUACUCCUAAAUAUGUGGGAUUUGACCAUAUCUCAAGGGAAGAGAUUAUCCAGGAGCACACAACACCACUUGCUAAGGAGCUGUUUGGCAGUGAUCUACACAAUCCAGCUAUUUUAGUCGUGGAUGGAACCAACAUUUUUUAUCCAGAAAAGUAGCAACUUCAGGUUCCAGCGCAGGUCAUACAGCCAGCACAAAAACCGACCUCUAGUCAAGCCAAUGGUUAUAGUGUCUACGACCGGCUACAUAAUAUCGGUCCUCGGACUAUAUUUUGCAGACCAGAAAAACAACGAUGCGAGCAUCCUGAAGCACAACAUUCAGUCCAACAUGGAGAACAUCAAAGAUUGGCUGCAUCAGGAGGAUGUCCUCGUAGUUGACCGUGGCUUCAGAGACUCAAUCAGUUUCCUUGACAGCUUGGGAAUCAAAUGCCAGAUGCCUGCCUUUCUUCCAAAAGGCCAGAAACAACACACAACAGAUGAGGCAAAUACUUCGAGACUGGUCACCAAAACCCGUUGGAUUGUUGAGUCGGUGAAUGGACGACUGAAACAGUGGAGUUUUUGCAAAAUGUUGUCCCAAAUACCCAGAUACCCUUCAUCAGGGAUUAUGUGUGCUUGGUUGCAGCUCUCUGUAAAAAGUACAGACAACCCUUAAAUGCUGGAAACCCAGAAAAUGAUGUGAU